CUUUCUGAACAUUAAAGAGAGAGGUCCACCUUUUCUGCUAAGUCGCGGUGCGCUUUCGUGGAGUGAGGGGGAAUUUACAUUCAUAGAAAGCUUGCCAAUAGGGUGCUGCACAGCCGAGCGGAUCGCAGUACGUGCUCGUGGGAAGGGACGGUGUCAUUGUAUUUGAUCGCGUGUGCGUCCCACAGAGUGCUUGGAAGCAGCGCGCACUGGAUGCGUCUGUGCUUGAGGCUAUCCAUGUCUUUUGUGCCACCAGCUGAGCAGGCUCUGCGCGAUAUUUAUCAUUUUUAAUCAUGUGUUUGAAAAAUGCCAAGUUGUUUUGCGAAUGUUUCACGGUUCAGGACUCUUUGCCGUACUGCUGAUGGUGCUGGAGUGGACCCGUCCAGGCCUGUCCUCCCCAUUACGCCCCAUCUGUGACCUGCGCGUCCUCGACCAUUUCAUUAAGGAGGCUUGGGAUGCAGAGGCUGCUAUGAGAGCGUGUAAGGAUGCUUGCAGCAUUGCAACAAACUUCACUGUUCCUCUGACAAGAGUUGAUUUUGAUGUCUGGGAAGCAAUGAAUAUAGAGGAGAAAGCUCAGGAGGUCCAGUCAGGCUUACACGUGCUGAACGAGGCCAUCGGCUCAUUACAGGCGUCUAAUCAGAGUUACGUGCUACAGUCCCACGUAGAUGCCAGUAUUAGCAACAUUGCCAGCAUCAGACAAGUGCUGCGAAGUGUCAGCAUACCGGAAUAUGUACCUCCUGCCAGCGGUGGAGAAGACGAGGAGACACAGAAAGUAUCAUCGAUCUCAGAGCUGUUUCAGGUCCACAGCAACUUCCUGCGGGGAAAAGUGCGUCAUCUGCUUGCCAGUGCACCUGUCUGCAAACAAGGUGUCAGCUGAUAGACAGUUUUGAGCAAGGGCCAAACUAAUUGGAGCUCCUCGUAUCAGGAGGGCAGGAUAAUGGGCUAUUACAAAGGAUAUGUUGCUGAGGUUUGAAUGACUGGGAGUUGUAGCACUUUGAAAGAUUUACUCACAAAGGGAAAAGAAGACAUCCCCCAGAAUGCAAAGCGCCCGCUUUGGCUGCCUUUGCAGAAAAUCAACCAAAAUCAAACCAAACGCAAUCAUGAAACUUCAAGAAAUCACUCCUCUUUCCCCACAUGACUGUUGGCACUUGCCCAGCUCGACUGGGAAGGUUUAUCUGGGACUUUUUUUCCAAGUGUUUUGUAUUGCUUAUAAAAUUGUCAUUAUUUAUAUAGAUGAUAUUUCUUAGAGCUGGAAUCACUUGCUUUUGCAGGUUCUUUUCUGAAGCUAUUCAAGUGAAGACCUCUCUUCCUCCAUUCACUGUGUCCUGAAGCACCUCCAA